CCCGAGCUAUUCCUUCACCCUUCCUCUUGCAACCCAUCCAAUUCUCUUCAUACUACUCUCCUCUAUUCAUUCUGAAAAUGGAGUUCGAUCCCAAGACCCCGUCAUACCUCACUUCCGACCCGAAGAGCUUCGGUCACAAGUCCGUCAACGACCGAUGGCCCGUCAUUGUGACCGGUGCCAUUGAUGACUUGCACCGGACCGUCGCCGAUGUCACCGACGAGGAGAAGCGCAAGGAAGGAAAAUCGAUCAUUGAGCAGCUGGCGAAGCUCAAAUAUGAGAUCCAGCAUGAUAGACAGAUGACUCCUCUCCAAGAUGACAGCGAACCGGGUAUCGAGGAAUACAACGAGGAAUUGGAGCAGCGAGGGAACCCCAAGUGGCAUAACGUGUCAUGGCUCUUUUCAGAGUGCUACCUUUACAGGCGCGUGGCCACUCUAUUUGCCCUCUCAAAGCACUGGAAGAGAUACGAUGUCUUUUCUCGCCAGAAGAUGGACACUUUCAAGUCUUCGCGACCUGCUGUGCUUGAAUUAGCGGCUAGAUACAAGGAAUUGGCCACUGAGGCGAAGAAAGGACACAACACUGAAGAAACCGACCGUCUGCUUUUCAGGGAGAUGUGCGAGAUUUGCCUAUGGGGGAAUGCGACGGAUCUUUCGCUUUUGACAUCCCUCACCUACGAGGAUAUCCAGAAACUGCAGGGCUCCCAGGCACGCAAGGACGCGGAGGAAAAUAUUCUCGUUAAUGAUCUGGACGCCGCAUUCGAUGCUCUCCGACAAAGCCAGCACGAAGGGAAGGCAGAACGCCGAGUGGACAUUGUCUUGGACAAUGCCGGUUUCGAGCUCUUCGUCGACCUCAUCCUUGCCGGAUACCUUUUGUCCGCUGGAAUCGCGACAUCGGUGGUCCUCCGCCCCAAGGUGAUCCCCUGGUUCGUGUCGGAUGUCGUCCCUCAAGACUUCGCAGAUCUUAUCCAGGCUCUGGCCGACCCACAGAGCUUCUACACAGCACCUGAUGACUCUGGAAGAGAGAAGACCCCUCUUUCGGACAAGGAGGUUGAAGAGGUUAAGUUCCUUUUCGAUCAGUGGAGCAGCUUCCACGCGGAGGGGCAGUUGAUUAUCCGCCCUCACCCCUUCUGGACCAUGGGUGGCAGCUACUGGCGCUUACCGCACGUCGCACCGGACCUGUUCGAAGACCUGAAAGAGUCCGAACUCGUUCUUUUCAAGGGCGACCUUAACUACAGAAAGCUGACUCACGAUGCUGCCUGGGAUCCUACGACGCCCUUUACAACCGCUAUCGGCCCGCUAGGCCCACACUCCGGCAUCCGCGCAAUGUCCUUCCGUACUUGCAAGGCCGAUGUCGUGGUUGGCCUCCCUGCCGGAAAAGACGAGGAACUGCGUAAGGUCUACGGAGGAUCCGGAUCUGGGGGCCGCGAAUGGGCUUGGAGUGGGAAAUGGGCUGUGAUAUCUUUCUCUGAUGGAAAGGUUUGAUUUCCCCCCUCAACGACACAUAUAAUUGAAACCAAAAUAGAUAGUCCUAGAGAGAUACUAUAGGGAUACUUUGAUAGAUAUAUAGCCUCUAACCUACCCUUGCUUCUGUUUAUGGUAAUGUCGGAUAGACCGGCGAAGCGGGGAUAUACUUGUCAAGUUCUAUGAGUGACUCAACAACAACCUUGAGCGCCGCUAGAUAAUGAUACUGAGACUUGGCAAUCAAGGAAAUUUUACUAUGCCGAGUCGUUCAAGGGGAUGGAGACUAAGCCAAUGUUUGUUCGGAGUGAGGGUAUAAUCUUUAAGUUAAGACAUCAAAAAAGGACAGCCACCAAAACACGCCAACCAAAGGAUAUGUUCAACCUGCACCGCGCAAAAUCCAGCACAUACUUGUAGUAACCCACAGCGGUAAUUAAGAAAAGAAAAAGAAGAUAUAGGGUUGUGAAAGAACCAGGUAAUUAGUUUCUGACAGUUGUUCGAAUGUUCUCCUUGCCUUCU